AUGGGAGCGACAUCCGACAGCCCGCAGCACCGGGAGGGUGUGGGGGGACAGGCAGCCCCGACAGGACCGCAGCGGCCAGGGCUCAGGGGUUCCUCUCACCUGCCGCAGCAGCUGAAGUUCACGACCUCCGACUCCUGCGACCGCAUCAAGGAUGAGUUCCAGCUCCUGCAGGCCCAGUACCACAGCUUGAAGUUGGAAUGUGACAAACUAGCCAGUGAGAAAUCGGAGAUGCAGCGUCACUACGUCAUGUAUUACGAGAUGUCCUACGGGCUGAAUAUUGAAAUGCACAAACAGGCUGAAAUCGUCAAGAGGCUAAAUGGGAUUUGUGCACAGGUUCUGCCCUACCUUUCGCAAGAGCAUCAGCAGCAAGUCCUGGGAGCCAUUGAACGAGCCAAGCAGGUUACGGCACCAGAACUGAACUCCAUCAUCCGUCAGCAGCUUCAAGCUCACCAGCUGUCGCAGCUCCAAGCCCUCGCUCUGCCUCUGACUCCACUCCCUGUGGGCCUCCAGCCCCCGUCCCUCCCCGCUGUCAGUGCUGGCACCGGGCUCCUCUCACUCUCAGCCUUGGGAUCCCAGGCUCACCUCUCCAAGGAGGACAAGAACGGGCAUGACGGAGAUGCCCACCAAGAUGACGAUGGGGAGAAAUCAGAUUAGAGUGAAUAGGGGGCUGGG